AAGCUGGUUCAUCAUCCCAAAAUAAUCCAGUUCCACAAAUUGUUUCAGAAUCAGAUCAAGACUCUAUAAUUCAAAAUAAUCCCGAUACAAACUUGGGAGAUAUUAGUGAUAUUAUUCAGGAAGAU